GCAAAGGAUUUUGGUCGGAUUUUGGUCUAAAAGCCGCCAUUUUGAAUUUUAUCACAUGCAAAUUUAUAUAAGCGAAACGUCAAAACAAUAAUGAAUAUGGCCGCUCUCCAAGGAGUGAAAGUGCUUGAAUUUAGCGGACUAGCUCCUGUCCCAUACGCUGGAAUGAUUCUUGCCGAUUUCGGCGCUUCAGUGACUCGCAUAGACAGAGCAAAGCAAGCAGGUUUUGGGGGACUAGACCGGUUGGGCCGGGGAAAGCGGUCUGUGGCUAUUGAUUUGAGAAAUGCAAAAGGUGCUGAGGUGGUUAAAAGAUUAUCGCAGAAUUCUGAUGUGCUCAUUGAACCGUUCCGACCUGGAGUGAUGGAAAAGUUAGGACUUGGACCUGAAAUAUUGAUGAAGGAUAACCCAAGGCUGAUAUAUGCUAGAUUAACAGGUUGGUAUCCAUAGUGGAAAGUACGCUUUGGCUGCCGCAGGAGACUGCCGCAGUUGACAAGACCAUGUAUUCUAUCCUGCCGCAAUGCCAAAAAUAUGCUGCCGCAGGUAAAAAAUUCAAGACUACAAGCAAUACUGCUGAUCACUAAACAGUAAACAUUGAAGUCUUCACGCUUAAAAAAAGAUGUGCUAUUAAAAUCAACACAGCUUUUUUGUCGAAUACCGUAUUUACUCGUAUUUACUCGUCGGCGCUCUUUAAAUUUUCAGAGCUUCAGAUGCGGCGCUCAUUCGAGGGCGGCGGUCAAUCGGGGGCGGCGCUCUUUAAAAAAAUCUUUUAUUUGUGAAUUAUAUCAAGAACUUUUAACUAUAAAAUAAACAAGUUUUGAAUGUCUUUGUCACUAAAUGUCCCCAUUUUGACGGUGGAAAAUUAUUACACUGUUUAGUGCGACGCUCAUUCGGGGGCGGCACUCUUUAAAAAAAUUUGGUCUCAAAUGCGGCGCUCAUUCAAGGGCAGUGCUCAAUCGGGGGCGGCGCUCAAACGAGUAAAUACGGUAAUGAAUACAUCUUAAGAUGUGUUGAUACAACACACCACUGACGUGUCGCCCAAGUUGUGAUGCAGGUAUUUUCUAAAAUAUUUCUGCUGCAGAAUUCUGCCACACUAUCAAUUUUACAGUUUUUCUGCCGCAAGAUUUUGCCACAUCAGCAGUUUUUGACCUUUGCCUGCCGCGGGAGAUCUCCUGUUAAAGUGCCCAACUUUCCACUAUGGGUUGGUAAUGGCCAAAUUGGAAUGUAGAGGGUGUACGCAGGCUUGGAUAUUAAAGAUUUUUUAUAUGAAAGAUGCUGUAAAGUCCAUUCUGCACAUACGUUCUGCGCAGGCCUACAUUCUGACGGUCGGGACCCGACCAUUGGAAUGUUAUUAAUAUUUCGAACCUUCUGAAUUGAAUCUCUAGUCUGUAUUCAUUUACAAGCAUAGCGAACCAGAAGAGUGUUAAAAAUUCAGUAUAAUAUAUAUCUAAUCAUAUUUUUUACAACUGUAGCACUGAGUUCAAAAUGUCAACAAAGCGUUUGUUUACAUUACGGACUUUACAGCAUCUUUAAUAUUACAAGAAGUUUUUUUACAAUAUAAAGGCCCGUUUACACUUGCAAUUUUGCUGUGAUUUCUAGUGCGACCUUCUGAUGGAUGUGAACGAGUAAAUAAGUUAUGAAUGCUCUGAGUAUUUAUGUACCCUCAUCCAAACAUCCACUCAUACACAUAAAUCAGGAGAAGAAAAUCGCACCUAAAAUCGCAGCAAAAAUUGCAAAUUGAACUAAAGUUUGAUGAAUUGUCAUAUUAUGACAUCAUUUCAUGUCACAUUAUGAUGUCACAUAACAUUCCAAAAAGAGGUCCUCAAGUAAAAUGUUAUAUUUGUGUAAGGUCAUUUAUUUGUACAUGAUGCUAAGUUUAUACAAUACACACAUUGAAAAAAUAGAGGAUGCGUAAAUAUUAAGUCAGAGAACGUUCAAUAAAUAAUACACACAUUGUAAACAAUACACAAUAAACAACUUCUUUUCACAAUAUUGGAUAUAGCAUUGCUACAUCUGCUGCAGGUUUGUUACAACUUACAACUUGUAUGUUUUUAUGUGUGUAGUGCCCAGCACUGCUUUAUAAAGCAAAUAUAAUAUAUAUAAUAGUUGGUUUCAGGUUUCACAGCCAUUUUUUGUAUGGGUAGGGUAGGUCAGAAAAACGUUUUAUUUAAAAAAAUUUUAUCUCAAGUAUAUAAUAAAGGGAUCACCCGCGAGGCGCGAGCUACAUGUGUUUCGCAAGAAACAAACGCAUCAAAGCGUUUUUGUCUUUUUUCAGCCGUAGCUGCCAUGUCAGAAUAAUGUAUGUUUUUAAUAUUUUAUUCAAUUGUUCUUUGUGUAAAACUAUGAUUAACAUGACUAGAUUAUGAUUAUAUGAUUAAAUUAUAAGCAAACAAAAUAAUUUGUAGACAGAUGAGUCUAAUGACUAUUUAUAUGUUCUGUUAUUUAUGAAAAGAUGAUCUCUACUGGGAAAUCUCAAUAAAAUGUUUAUGGUCGGUCAUAUUUUGGACAGGUCGGUCGGAAACCUGAAACCAACUAUUAUUUUUAUUUGGCCUAAGAGAUUGAUUGCAUGUCCUUUGUACACAUGCCAUAAUGACCUAGUCUCCCUUAAUUAUUGAAAUUUCUACAUUGAUAGGAUUUGGCCAGCAAGGACCUCUCAGUGCUAGAGCUGGUCAUGAUAUCAACUAUGCAAGCAUAUCAGGAACUCUGUCAAUGAUUGGUCGUCAUGGUGAUAAGCCUACGCCACCAUUAAACAUUCUGGCUGAUUUUGGUGGCGGUGGGCUAAUGUGCAGCCUUGGCAUUAUGAUGGCAUUAUUUGAACGAGGCAAGUCAGGAAAGGGACAAGUUGUUGAUGCUUCAAUGGUAAUCCUUGCUCAAAUACUACAGUUAUGAAAGGGCUUCAGUAGCUGAUAGUUGUUAACAGAGCCUUGAAAAUCCUGGAAAGUUGUUACAGCUGUGCUGAUAAUACUUGAACAAUACUUAGACAACCAGUACCACUAUCAAAUUAACAGCAGUGAUUAACAAGCAAAAAUUAAAUCCCUGCCAUUUUAAAAAAAGUUCCAGUUUAUUAGGUGAGGUCCCUGAAUUUUAACUUGUAAAAGUACUUGAAAGUCCUGGAAAUGUUUUUGAAUUUUAUUUUCACUUAGAGGUUGAUAUCAAAAUUUGAUGAUAUAAGUAAGGGAUAGGGAAUGGUUACAUGUGUUCUAUGGGUUAUAGAUAGAAUGCCUUAGAACAUGGAAUGUCUUUUAUGAAUCACAUAAACUCGCUGUAAUUGCUAUGAAGCUUGCUAUGAGACAGUUUAUGGGAUAUCGAGCAUACAAAUACUAGAUUCUAAUUAGUUGCAUGGAUGUGAUCAUUUUCUAGUUGUUGAAUGGCCCGUGCAAUGUGCUAGUCUAAUAUGUGUAUGCUACCAAUCAGGUAACAAAACUGUAUCUCCCCAAUAUAGGUGAGUGGAGUGGCCUAUUUAUCAUCAUUUGUUCAUAAAACAACAGAACUUGGAAUGUGGUCUGGUGAUCGUGGUACCAACUUGCUUGAUAGUGGAGCACCAUUUUAUGACACGUACCAGACAUCUGAUGGUGAAUACGUUGCUGUUGGUGCUUUAGAACCACAGUUUUAUAAACUUCUUCUUAAAGGUACAGUAACCUCACUUGACUACAUAACCAUUUAAUUAAUUGGCAGUGCAUGCACUAAUGUACUUGACAGACUUGUACUUUGUUGUACAUUGUACUCUGUCUAACGCCAGAUGAUUUUUGCUGGUACUCAAUGGAUUAACCAAGCUAUCUGCCCAUGUGUUGUGUUAACCAUUUAAGUCCCGUUUACACUACGCUCAAUUUUUGGUACGGCACGGAUAAAAUUGGUAUCCGUACCACGUUUUUGGUUCUUGGACUACCUAUAUUUAGGUAGAAUUGCAAGAACUCCAGGAAGACCUAUAUUUAGGUAGUCCAAGAACCUAUAUUUAGGUAGCCCAAGAACCAAAAAGUGGUACAGGUACCAAUUUUAUCCGUGCCGUACCAAAAAUUGAGCGUAGUGUAAACGGGGCUUUAAUUGCCAUCAAACCCUACUUUGUUAUUUUUACUCUAAAACCAGACAAUUUUAUUCAUCAGGGGGAAAUGCACCCUAGUUUGUUGUUUUACUCUGUCUAACACCAGAUAAUUUUAUUCAUCAAGGUUAUAGGUAUCGAAUUCAUAUAUUUUUUGUCAUAAGCAAAAGCAUUUCACGAAAGACAAGACUAUUUCACUCAACAACGACAGUUGCGGGUCAAAGAUUUCCAUGAGCCGUGAAACCAUCCUCAAAUUCAUAGGUGCAGUCCUUUGAGUGGGGCUUUGUGCAUUCUUUAAUGCGUAUUUUAUCUUAAUCCCUAGGGUUAGCCCUGGAGGAGGAAUUUCCCAAUCAAUUAGAUGCAAGUAUUUGGCCUAAGAUGAGAGCAAGAUUCACUGAAAUAUUUUCAACCAAAACUCGGCAAGAAUGGUGCGAGAUUUUCGAUGGCACAGAUGCUUGUGUAACACCUGUGUUGAGUCUUUCCGAAGCCACCGAACACCCACACAACGUUGCAAAUGAUGUGUUUUUACAAAAUUCUGAUGGUACACACGAACCGGCCCCAGCACCUAAGCUUGCAAGAACUCCAGGAAGACCUAACGAUACAAGGCAACCAAGGCUUGGGGAACACACCAGCGAAGCUCUUCAGGAAUGUGGAUAUUCACAGGAUAGUAUUGACGAACUUCAAAGAGAUGGAGUGAUUUAUUGUGAAAAGAUAAAGUCCUCAUUGUGAUGAUGCUACUUAAGGUUAGUGUUGGUCAAAGGAUUGAUGGGGACAGGUCUGACUAGUCAGGACACAUAUAUGAGAGUUCAGAAAUAAAAAGCCGUUAAUACACGGUGCGAUAAUGAAUGAUUCUUAAUGCGCACUUGAGAUUGCCUUUAAAAAUAUUUAUUGCCUUCAUUGGUUUAAAAAUGAAAAGUAGAAAAACAAUAAAAAAGGAAAAUUUAAAACGGUCAGGACAUGCUAUGCUAGAGGACACUCGGACACUGCAUACCUUCGCCAGCGAAUUAUGUGUCAUGCAUACCGUAAUUAUUCGAAUAAACGCCGCGGCGUUUAUUAAAUUUUUGGCGCUUCAGGUGUGGCGUUUAUUUGAGGGCGGCGUUUAUUCGAGGGCGGCGUUUAUUGCAAAUUUUGUAACAACAACUGUGAAUUUAUUGUAUUAAAACUCAACUUAACCAAUUUUAGCACUCAACCCAAAAAACUAAGAAUAAAAUUCAUAUGUCUUUUAAAUUUAUAUUUAAGAAAUAGGAAACAUUUUCUGUGUUUCUAUAGAGUUAUAGAAACACGCGUGGAAGUUUGGGAGAAACGAGAAAUUGCGUGGUAAAAAUAACCAUUUUUGAGCCGAAAGUGGUUAUUUUUACCGCGCGUAAUAUUUACUAAAAUACUCAAACUUUGCUAAUUUCACAAGGCUAUAUAUAUUUUCCGUAUUUUACAACAUUUCGCAACCAAACUUUGCAAUUUUACUAGUAAUUUUAGGAUGCUCUUUUGAGCUAUAAUGAUAUAUUUCGUCUUUCUUGUCUAGAUAAAAAAUUAGUCGAUAGUUAGAAUUGUCUACUUAAAAUACAAUUAUCGACGAUGCUUUAAAAGUGUCGCCAUAUUUACAACAAUAUAUGUAUAAGGUCAUAUAACCAAAACUUACUGAACUUCAGACAUCAUUUUCUCUUUGGCGUACCAUCUAAAAUCUCUUCAUUUAUAACAUUAUUUUACAGAUAAAGGAC